AUGUCGAACCACUUCAUUCCAAAUCAACCUUCACCAUCAAAACCAACAGCUUCUUCAAUCUCAAACACUUCUCCACCUCCAACUGCUUUAAGAUCAAGACCUUCAGUUCUUUCUUUUACUUCAUUAGCUCCAUCUGAUUCAAGAUCGAAUCCUCAAACUUCAACUCCAUUUCAUCAAGCAUACAAACGUAGACUUGAUGCAGGUCAUAUGCGAACUUCAAACAAACCUGGCUUUCGUCCAUUCCUAGUAGAUCGAUCAUCUUCUAAUCAUUCACAUUCACGUACAGUCACAGAAGAUGAUUAUAUACCAAUCAAAAAGAUUUCAGGUAGACCAGAAGAAUUAGAUUUAUUAACGAUUGAAGAACCCGAUGAACUUUUUCAAACGUUUACGAUACGUGAAAUCCGUUUGAUCGCUCAACGUGCUCGUUCAGAUGCCGAAAAGAAACAAGAAGAAUUACGUGAGAUGGUUGGAGAAAGGUAUCGUGAUUUGUUAGGUGCAGCUGAUGCUAUUGUUAGAAUGAAAUCUAGUUCUUCUAGUCUUUGUGAAAUGCUUUAUGAUUCUAUGGAAUUAUGUAAUAAAUCAGAAUUGAAACGAAGAGGAAAAGAGGCAGAGAGUCUUCCUUCAGAUCAUCAUACUAACGUAUUGCUUAAUCAAACAGGGCACAUAUACUCUACAUCAACCGGUCCAUCUUCUCGUACCACUUAUACGUUAGCUACCCUAGUGAAGCUCAUCCUCGUAUUAUCUGAACAUAUCUGGCGGUCUCUUGAACGAGAAGAUUUCCUUUCAGCAGCUCGUUUCGAUGCGUUAGGACGAAUUAUCUCAAGUGAAUUGACUAGCGGUAGAUGGGAUGAAACUGGUACGACUGAGCCAGGAGAAGUAUGCAAAACCUUUCCGAUCGUGGUACGACAGAGUGAAGCAUUGGCACAACUUGCACCUCAGAUUGCAUGGCGAGCACGUGGAUUUUUACGAAGAUGGGAUGUUAAUCGUCAUGAGACUGCAUCAGCACUAGCAGCAAUACUUUUAUUAGACAAUACCAGUUUGAUGGAUACUGCUACUUUGUUUCUACAAGCUCGAAGGACUAGUCUGAAUGCUAUCUUGGCUUCAAAACCACUUCAACCUGAUUUAUGGACAGAUCGAAUUCGGAAUGCUAUCCGUCUUGUGAUUGGUACACUUCAACAAACAUUUGAAAUCUUUGGUGUUGAUCCAAAGGAAACCGCUGGCUCAACAUCCUACUUUGUUCGACUUCUUCAAGCUAUACAAGAUUCUAGUAAUACUACUCCACAACCUUCUGGAUCUCGAAAAAAUGAUACACUUGAUUCUAAACCUCAAAAGAAUGAUUCAGAUACCAUUCGACUCAAUUCUAUAAUCUCAAUGCUACCGAAUGCUCACCAAUCAAUGCGAUACCUACCGAAAUCUGUGAUUACCUUUUCACCUUUCAUCCCGGUUUCUCUUGAUGAACCAGUUAUUCUUAGUGUAGGCGACAAGAUGCCAGAUUUCCUAAAUGAAUGGUGUCAAAUUAGUCAUAAUGAUUUAUUAAAAGCGAUUCAUACACAACUUGAAAGUGUUCAAUCAACCAGUGAAUUAGUGGAAUUUCGAAGUAUGAUCAAUACUACAUUACAACCUUUAAAGAAUGAUUUCAUUACUAAACUUCAUAUAGAAAUUCAUGAUUCUCUAAGUCAACGUUUUGAUGCACUUUAUGCAUUGAAAUUAAACCAACUUAAAACCAAUACAUUAAAUUCGAUUCAAACUCUCAAACCUAAUCUUGGUGAACUUAAUCGAAAAGAAUGGAUCUUUUCAAAUCCAUUACCAUUACUUGAAACUUCAAAUCAUCAAACAUUUGAAACCUUGAUCAAAUCUAUACGUCAAAGAACUGAAGGUAGGUUUGGUGAAAGUGAAGGUAUCAUUAUUGGUAAUCUUGAAGAUGUUGGUAAAGUUUUGAAACAUGAUUUCGAGAAAUGGAGAGAUGGAAAUCUUGAAAUUCAGGUUGAAAAAUAUGUGGGAUUGGCUAAAGAAUUUAUGAAUGGAUUGGUGGAUGGAUUAGAUGACUUAUUAAAAUCUGAAGAUAUAUGGAAUGAUCUAUCACGAGAAGUGAUGAUCGGUGAUAUCGCCUUGCAGAUCUCUGCAACUGAAACGAGCUUUAUGACGUAUCUUGCUUUAUCUCAUACAGAAGGAGUUCACAAUCUAUUUAAACCAUUUCAAAUCCGAUUGGCUUCAAUUGCUUCAAAUUCACUCUCAAAUUGGAUUACAAGCACGGCUCAAGCUGCUGUUAAAAUCUACACGUCUGAUUCUAUGAAUUUGAAAAGAGAACAUGAUCCAAAAACAUUGGAUAAUUGGCCAAGUGAUGGGAUGUAUGCUACUAUAGAUUUCGUGGCCCAAUCUCUUGCUGGUUUAGGACCUCAUCGACUUGGAGCUGAAAAAGAGAAAGGUCUAGUGAGCAAAGUUUUAGAGGAGUUUUUCAAUGGUCUUACGUCGGUGAUAGAGAAUCUAUCAGACUUUGAAAUCGAAUUAAUCCGAUACCUUGGUCAAAGUGUUACACCUCGAUUAGAAUUUGCAAAGGAAAAAAGGAAAAAUCUGGAAGUGAUUGAAGUAGUGAUUAAGUUUUUAAUUAGGAUUAGAUCUCUUUGGUUUCCAAUCUUGAUAGAUUUUAAAUACGAUCAUAAAGAAGUAGAUACUACUAAACAAACUGUAAUUAGUUGUGUCAAACCUGGUCAACGAUUCGCACUUUUAGCAUUAUGA